UACCGAGUCCAUAUAUACUUUACGCAUGACGAGUGUGCUAUGUGUGCAAGUAAAAUUGUAAAGUAAAACAAAAUAGAAAGAAAUUGCUGUGUGAUGCGUUGAGGAGAGAGAACGCUGAACGAUGGUAGCUUUGAGGGAGAUUUUCAGUGAGUACACUUACACGAAGAUUGCAAUUGGGGUGGUCUGCAUCCUCCUGUAUGUUGGUCUGAUAAGUGGAAAGGAGAAUCGAGAGGAGAUGUUGGAAGAUGGUGCAGAUGAGGUGUUUGUGCCCACCGAUGAAUGGAAAGUUGUUAAGAAAGGUCAGAAGAUCCCCGCUGGGUUGCAUGUCAGGAUGAACCUGGAAACAGGGCUGAACGAGGCCAAACUAUUGGACGGUGGUAGCAAAUCUAAAUCGGGUGCAGUUGCUACGACUGUGGCGACGACUUCGCAGGAGAAGAAAAGCAAUCACCUUCUGCCAGGUGUUAAUUUGGAGAAGGUCAAGUUCAAAUCGUAUGAUCAGAUCAAGAAGGAGCUGCGCGAUGCCAACGUCGUCCCAAAGACUGAUAUGGAAGUCUUGAAGGAGCUGGUGGAUAGACACGAGAAAAACGGCGCCUCUCUGAAACUGCUCGAGGACUUGGAGUAUUUGGGCCACCAGUACGAUAACGCUCUGGAGUUCAUCCGUUUGGACGGCUUCAGGACGGUUAUCCACCAUAACCUUAAUGGCUCCAAUCUCAUCGACUACGAGGAGGAGCACGAGGAUGAGCUGAAGCGAAUGACGCUCGUGCUGCUCGGCUCGCUGGCGCAGAACAACCCCAAGGUGCAGAUCCACGCGAUGGAGACGAACACGUUGACGAUGCUGCAGCGACUCCUCGGCGAGAGGAAUCCCGACGUGAGGUCGUCGGCAGUGUACGCUCUGGGCAGCGUGCUCAGGAGGUUCCCGUUCGCGCAACGAAAGUUCGGCGAGAGCGGUGGCUUCGAGAACCUCGUCGAUCUGAUCGAGUCCGGCAACAUCAAGGUGGGCCUGAAAGUGAUCACGUUGCUUAGCGACCUCCUCAACGAGAUGGAGCAGGUGGAGGAGGAGAAAGAGUUGAACAAGAUCGAGCAGUACCGGCAGGUGGAGGUGCGGAAUCGACUGCUCGCCUUGAACUACAACAACAUACUGACCACGUUCCUGGUGAACGUGGUCAAAGCGGAUCCGGCCGACGAGGAUGGCAUCGAGAUAUGCACGGUUGCGAUCAAGCAGAUCGGAGCUACUACUAAAGAUCGUCGUCUGAACGCUGAGCUGUAAUCAAAAUAGGUACGAAUGCAUUAAAGAAUGAAACGACGUGGAGAUAGAUGUGUGAUCAUCAUUCCUUGUGGCAAACAAAGUCAUAAUAAUACCAUUGAAAAGGGAUAAAUAUACAAAUAUUUACUUUAACCUGAGAAUCCUCAA